AUGGGCCCUCCAAACAACACACAGCUUCAUCCCCCCUUCUUUCUCCUUUUGGGAAUUCCGGGACUCCAAGAUGUACAUGUGUGGAUUGGUUUUCCAUUUUGUGUUGUGUAUUUGACUGCACUCCUAGGAAAUAUCACAAUUCUCACUGUCAUUCAGACUGAUCACAGUCUCCAUCAGCCCAUGUUCUACUUCCUGGCCAUUCUGUCAUCUAUUGACCUGUGCCUGUCCACAUCCACCAUCCCCAAGAUGCUCGGCAUCUUCUGGUUCAACCUGCCAGAAAUCACUUUCGAAGCAUGCCUCAUCCAGAUGUUCUUCAUCCACCUGUGCACUGGUCUGGAGUCAGCUGUGCUGGUAGCCAUGGCCUAUGAUCGUUACGUGGCCAUCUGUAACCCUCUUCAAUAUACCUUAGUGCUGACGGACAAAGUAGUAUCCAUUAUUGCAUUGAUCACUCUCCUGAGACCUUUAGUCUUGGCAAUCCCCUUUGUUCCUCUUAUCCUAAGACUUCCCUUUUGCGGACACCAAGUCAUCCCCCAUACCUACUGUGAACACAUGGGCAUUGCCCGCCUGGCCUGUGCCAGCAUCAAAGUCAACAUCAUUUAUGGUUUAUGUGCUAUUUCCAACCUGGAGUUUGACAUCAUAGCCAUUAUCCUAUCUUAUGUCCAGAUCCUGCGUGCCGUGUUCCGUCUUCCUUCCAGGGAUGCCCGAAUGAAGGCGCUCAGCACCUGUGGCUCCCAUGUCUCUGUCAUGUUGGCCUUCUAUACGCCAGCAUUUUUCUCCUUCAUGACCCACCGCUUUGGCAGGAAUGUUCCUAAGUACAUCCACAUUCUUCUUGCUAACUUCUAUGUUGUCAUCCCACCUGCCCUCAACCCUGUGAUUUAUGGGGUCAGAACAAAGCAGAUCAGAGAGCGGGUAAUGAGAACAUUCAGCCAUAAAUUGUGA